CCUGGCUGCUCAAUAAGGAAAUCAUAAAAGAGCUAGUUAGGGUAACUUACUGCCAUCACAAUAAGUGCUCUUUCCUGAGCCUGGACUCCCUAAGACAAGUUGUGCGAAGGGCAUAUUGUGCUUUUGUGCAAAAGAAUAGGUACCUAUAUCUAUAGUAUUACGGGGCUGAGGAGGGUAGGAGAGUAGGAGAGUGAAGAAAUGGGUGACGGGAAUGCAGGCUGAAGAUGGUAAAAAGGGAAGCUACAAUUGCCCCUCCAUCCCACUUUGACGAGCUUCGGGGAAAAUUAAAGUGGGUAACUAUAAAGUGGAACCAAGCUUGUCUUAUCACUGGGGUAAUUCGUACCCCUGUAAAGUCCUAGUUAACGUAGGUACAUAGGUACCUACCUAGUAUUGAUAUUUACUUCGCCGACUCUUGAUUGGCAUUUCAUCACCGGUAGGUAUUCAGUAACCUAACCUAGAGAGCUUCAUUCUCCAUAUAUCACCGCGUAAAAGUUCCCCAAGGCAUCAUGGCACCACCAGCAACGCAGUUCGAGCUCGCGCAACCGCCCAACGACGCCAUCUCGGCGCUCGCCUUCUCGCCAGAUUCGCCGUCGCGCCUGCUGGCUUCCUCCUGGGACAAGAACAUCUACCUAUACGACACGCUCCAGAGCGGCGAUGACGGAAGCCACGGGGCCCUGCUGCGAACGUUUGAGAACCGCGCGCCAGUGUUGGACGUGUGCUUUGGGAGAGGUGGCAACGAGGCUUUCAGCGCCGGCAUGGAUUGGCAGGUCCGGCGCAUCGACCUCGAUAGCGGCGAGCAGACUACCUUAAGCAAGCAUGCCGCGCCUGUGCGGAGGGUCGUAUACAACAAAGAACACUCUCUACUCUUAUCCGCCUCCUGGGACAGUACCCUACACGUCCACGACCCAUCGAGCCCCUCCCUCUCCCCCUUAAUCGUCCCUCUCCCUGGAAAGCCGCACGCCAUGGCUGCCAGCCCGUCCAAGGUGAUCGUGGCCAUGACAUCGCGACUAGUGCACAUCUACGACCUAUCCGCCCUCUCCAGCGCGCUGGCCUCGCAAUCCGGAGAACCGCCGCAGCCAUGGCAACAGCGCGAGUCGUCUCUAAAAUUUCUGACGCGCGCCGUAGCUGCCAUGCCCUCAGACGCUGGGUACGCGACGUCGUCGAUCGAGGGGCGCGUGGCGGUAGAAUGGUUCGACGCGAGCGCCGAGUCGCAAGCCCGCAAGUACGCCUUCAAAUGCCACCGCACAGCGCACCCCCAAGCCGACGGCGGCAGCACCGACGUCGUUUACCCCGUCAACUCGCUCGCCUUCCACCCCGUCCACGGCAGCACUUUUGCCAGCGGCGGCGGCGAUGCCACCGUUGCCCUAUGGGAUGCCGAGGCCAAGCGCCGCAUGAAGGUGUACCAGAAGUUCGCAGACAGCGUCGCAGCCCUUGCCUUCAGCUCCGACGGGCGGUAUCUCGCCGUCGGCGUGUGUCCCGGUUUCGAGACGGGUAUGGAGGACUACAGCGGCGAGGGUCGUACCAAGAUCUUUGUAAGGGAGCUCGGCGAGAACGAGGCCUUACCUAAGGGUAAGGGCAAGUAGACAAGUAAUAACAGGCCAACCGAAAAUAAGGAAGAGUUGCAACGACGUAUAGCUGUAUCAUCUAUCUAUCAAAAAUUUUCUAGGGACCCGGAGCUGGCUGGCGUUAAGAGCGGAAGGGAACUUCGAGUUCUAUAAAAUGAAAUUUUCUAUAUCUUCAAGGUUAUAUAAGUUCUCGGGUGAUCACGGCUAUCUUGUGGGCUUGUCUGGCAUUCGCUUCAAGAAUAACAUUACUAGGCUACCUACAGUACUUCACCGUGUUAUUGCUUGCUAUCAUUUUAAGAAUAUGCUCCAAUGUGCCACUGAUUCUUCAAUUCGACAAUACAGUAAUUGAUGCGUCGUACAUUAGGUACCUAGGUAGGUACGAAUAUAAAACCUAAUAUAAGGCCGAUACACCUAUCAUCGCCAUAAGCAUAGCCAGUUGUUUCAACAUUUAGAUCCCUUCGUAUCGAGUAAAAUCGAAGUGCUUAUAGGGUAUAAC